AUGUCAGUUUCAGAACCCAAUAUAAGUGGUAAAGUUAUUUUAAAAACAACUUUAGGUGAUAUAGAGAUUGAAUUGUGGGCAAAGGAAGCACCAUUAGCAGUUAGAAAUUUUGUACAAUUAUGUUUAGAGGGUUACUAUGAUGGAAAUAUAUUUCAUCGUGUUAUCAAAGAUUUUAUCGCCCAAACUGGUGAUCCUACAGGUACAGGUCAAGGAGGAGAAUCAAUUUAUCCAUUAAAAGAUACAGGUUUAGGUGAUGGGUCUAAAAGUACAGGCUUUAAAGACGAGUUUCAUUCUAGAUUACGUUUCAAUCGUAGAGGUUUAGUUGGUAUGGCUUCAGCUUCACCCGAUCAAAAUAAAUCUCAAUUCUUUUUCACUUUAUCCAAAACAGAAAAUCUCACUAAAAAACAUACCCUAUUUGGUAGAGUAGUAGGAGAUACACUUUUUAAUGUUUUGAAAGUUAAUGACAUCGAAGUUGACCCCGAAACCGAUAUGCCUUUAUUUCCACCUAAAAUUUUAAAAACCGAAGUAGUUUGGAAUCCGUUCGAUGAUAUAAUUCCAAGAGAUAAAAAACAAGAAAAAAUAAAAGAAGUAAAAAAGAAACCAACAAAAAAGUAA